UGCUGUCUGCUACUUAGUUUUCCCUGCAGUCAGUCUGGUGUGCUUUCAGAGGAAAUACUCCCUGAGGGCUACUCAGUCAACACCAAGCCCAGCACCAGGCAUUAAAUUCACAAUCAUGCCUGGCUCCACAACAGGGAGGAAGCUGGAUCUUUCCAAGCUCACAGAUGAGGAGGCCAAGCAUGUGUGGGAAGUUGUCCAGCGGGAUUUUGACCUGAGGAAGAAAGAGGAGGACCGACUUGGGGAGCUGAAGACCAAGAUUGAGAAGGAAGACACCAAGAGAGUGCUGUUGGGGAACCAAACAAGCCUGACUGAGUCUCACUGUAUUCGCUGUCUCCAGCCUUUCAAGUUCCUGGUCAACAGCAAGCAUCAGUGUCUGGACUGCCAGCUGUACAUCUGCAAGUCCUGCAGCCGCUACAACAAGAAGGAGCAUGGCUGGGUGUGUGAUCCCUGUCACAUGGCCAGGGUCCUCAAGAUCGGUACGUUGGAGUGGUACCACGAAAACGUCCGUGCCCGUUUCAAGCGCUUUGGAAGCGCCAAGGUGAUGCGAUCGCUCUUCAAGAGAUGGAAUGGAGAACACAGUUGCUCUCAGAGUGACCUUGGAGAGCCCCAUGAAUAUGACACACAGAGCAUGCUCGAGGUCCAGACAGAUGGAUAUGAUGAGCACAGUAUGGAUGCAACAGAUUCUCAUCACUAUAAAGGGAUAAAAAAGGCCAAAAGACGGCUAACUGUUGACCCCUUUGAUUUCGAACUGGGCUGUGACUACUCCAUCAAGACAAGAGGACGGUCAAAUCAGGCCCCAGGCUCAAAUGACAUCAUGGUCAUGGAUGUAGGCGUGAGGGAGUCGAUGCUUGCCGACGCUGCUAUGGCAUCUGUUUUUCACCAGAUUUUGGAGGAGCAACGCAAAGAUGACCUUGUUUGCUCAGACAACAGAACUAUCCCGUCUCGCUCCAUCUCCCGGCUCAGCUAUUGCUCAUGUGGCAGCGGUAGUGCAGGGGUUCCCCAGUGCAGCAGCAGCUACCUGCCUGGCCCUGAUGACUCGGAGGACGACGAGCACUGCCAGCCCUACGCCCUCUACCAGUCUCAUCAAGGCCCCUGCAGCCACACUUCUCAGGAGAGCCUGAACUCAGUGAACCCCCUACCACAGAUCACUGACCUGAACAGACGCAUGUCAGCCAUCGAGACCCUCUUGAACCGCUUAGAACAGAAGGUCACCUCAACAUACGACCAGGCUUCUCCAACCCCAAACAGCAUCUCUCCUCUACCUCAGUGGGAGGAAGUAGACCUAGAAGAGCAGCAGCUCAGACAGAAGCUGUAUGAAAUGACGGACAACAUUAGUGACCACAGCCUAACCUCUGAUGAGGACGAGUCCAACAGGCCACAUUCCUCACAAGAGAUCCCAUCAUGGAGGAGCCCAGAGGGGGAUGCCAAGGCUUUCAAACUACCUACCAGAUCUACAUCCAGAACAAGCAUCUUGGUCUCAAGAUUUGAGGAGGAGAAGCCUCAGCAGACGGAUUCUCAGAAGACAAACCAUACAACAGAAGAGGUUGAGAGGAAGUGGAACCCCCUAGAGGAGGGAUCAAAGGCAAGCUUCAGAGGCUCAACAGCUUUACUCGUUGAGCUAGAAGACCAGGUAGCUCAAGCAGCUGCCAAUGUCCAGAAUGCCCAGAGUGAGGUCUCUUACAUAGAGAACAGGAUUGCUGCUCUGAAUGCUGCUGGUAUGCCUGUGGAUAAAAGGAGAAGGUCUGCAAUCCCAACCCAAGCAAGAAGACUUUCCCAAAACUUUCCCACAAGCCAAGUGGACAGGUUUGUGAGGAACUCCCUCUACAGGGGCUCCCUGACGCAGAGGAACCCAGUGGCCAAGCCCAAGACGAGGGCAACCUGUGCGAAACCAGUUAUGACACAGGACUCAUGAGGAGGAGGCUGAGCAUGAUGUGACUGAGCAGUUUUUCUUGUGAUCACAUUUUUAUUCAGUGUGUAUUGAAUUUAAGUGUAGUUAAAGAGUUUAUUAUUUACAUUAUAGAGACUGACAGCUGGAGUGGGGCUGCUUCAAGUUGUAUUUAAAAAAUGUGUCCUUUUGAUAUUGUUAUGUAUUCUACCAUAUUUAUAGAUUAAGUUACACAUGAUAUGCACUAAUAAUGGUAGGUGUGCGUAUACGUAUGAUUUGCAGAUUAAUUUAAACUCAUGUAAGUUGUUGCAUAUACCUUGUGUGCAGAGGCAUUUACAUUUGCGCUAGUAAUCUGAUAUCAUUAGCUGUUUAUUACAGUGUUCACACAAUACAAAUGAAAACAUGAAACAAAAUGAAACAACCUUUCCAGAUUUAAGCAACAUGUUAAAUCCCGCUUGCAGUUUUUCUAUAGUUGGUAGUUAGCCAGUCCAAACACAGUACAAUAACAAACUACCAAUC